UAACCCUUUUAGUGUCUUAAUUUGCAUUCUUUUCAGCUGUAGAGAGGAUAAAUUCAAACUGUAUACUGUCUUAAGAUUGAGUUGAGGGUGGCACAAGAGACUUUACCAAAGCUAAUGCUGAUGCUUCAAACUUUGCUUUUUUUAAUGAAUUGAAAAACCAUUAAAUCACUUCUAAUAAUAUAAUUAAAUGAACCAGAAGCAAGGUGCACUGAACUCACUGCAGGGGUUGUAGAUUGAUGGUCUGCCAUGUUCAGUACGGAUCUCGAUAUUGGUAUUGGAUCAGAUUGUUGCGGUCUCUAAAUAUACUGUAUAGUGAAGUAUUUUUCAUACUGGCUGUACUUGUGAUGAUGGAAAUGACAAUUAUGCUCCAAAAAAAAAUGUGAUGGCUGCAUCAGAAUGUUAAUUUAAACUUCAGGCCGUGAGCUGAUAUUACAAUUUCUUUACUACAUAAAAUGAAACGAAGAAAAUAUAUGUUAAAUAAAGUUAAUUUUUACUAAUGUAUGUUUUUAUAUCUUUGUAGAGUCGAUUCUUCUUCACCAGCUGGUCACUCUUCUGCCACUGUUAACCCUGGACGGAAGGUCGUCAUUCGGGGUCUGACUUACACAAACAUGGACAAGAAACAAAAAUGGACUCCAGGUCUUGAAGCUAUAUUGUUGAUACUGCUGAGUCACAUGACUGCAGGGCUUGAAGUGCCUCUUGAUCCUAAAGUACUGGAAGGAUUGCCUCAACCCCCCACCAUAACUCUGCAAUCCCCAAAGGAUUAUAUCUUUGAUCCACGGGAGAACAUCGUCAUUCACUGCGAGGCCAAAGGGAAGCCUCAUCCCAGUUUUUCAUGGACAAGGAACGGCACCAACUUUGAUGUGGAGAAGGACUCCAAAGUCCUGAUGAAGCCCGGUUCAGGAACGCUGGUCAUCGAUAUCAGUGGAGAAAAGGCUGAUGCCUACGAGGGAACAUACCAGUGUACAGCUAGCAAUGAGCAUGGCAGAGCUCUGUCCAACACCAUUAUGAUCAGGCAGUCCAGGUCCCCCUUGUGGUCAAAGGAGAAAAAUGAGGCAAUUUUGGUGCAGAAGGGGGUUUCUCUCGUGCUUCCAUGUCGACCCCCGGCUGGCCUGCCUCCUCCUGUCAUUUUUUGGAUGGAUAACAACUUCCAGAAGCUCCCGCUGAAUAAGCGCGUGUCCCAGGCCCUGAACGGAGACCUAUACUUUUCCAACGUUCUCCCAGAAGACACCCGGAGUGAUUACAUCUGCUACGCUCGUUUUCCAUACACGCAGACCAUCCAGCAGAAACAGCCCAUCUCUGUCGUAGUGCUCAACAGCAAUCCAGGGGGGGAGCGUCGCCCCGGUUUCAAGUUGCCGAGCGGCAGUACGAGCAACAAGAUGGUUCUGAGAGGAGAGACUCUCGAGCUGGAAUGCAUCGCUGAGGGAUUACCCACUCCAGACAUUUCAUGGCAGAAGGAUGCAGGGAAGCUGCCGAGCGGCAGGGCGUUCUUUUCCAACUUCAACAAAACACUGAAGAUUUCUGACGUGAAUGAAGACGACGGUGGCGAAUACCGCUGCACAGCGACUAACAAGCUGGGCUCUGCACAUCACCUGAUUAAAGUCACCGUUAAAGCUGCUCCUUUCUGGAUCAGUGCUCCCAGAAACCUGAUAUUGGCUCCGAAUGAGACCGGCAUCCUAACCUGCCGUGUUAAUGGAAAUCCCAAGCCAAAAAUUAAUUGGUUUGUCAAUGGACGUCCAAUACAGGAUGUUUAUGAAGAAAAUGGCCCAAAGAUAGAGGAGGACACUGUGAUUCUCAGCAAUGUACAGUCGGGAACCAGUGCUGUCUUCCAGUGCAAUGCAUCUAAUGAGUUUGGAUACUUGAUGGCUAAUGCGUUUGUAAAUGUGCUGGCUGAAGCUCCAAGAGUUCUCACUCUGCCAAACCAAGUGUACCGAGUCAUCAUGAACCACCCGGCGCUGCUCGACUGCGCCUCCUUUGGCUCACCGAUACCAACCAUCGCAUGGUUUAAAGACGGUCAGACCAGCAUAAAGAACAGCGACUCCUAUGUGAUCCAUGAGAACGGCACGCUGGAAAUCAACGUGGCUCAACCUUUACACAGUGGGAAGUACACCUGCACUGCCACCAAUAACCUAGGAUUUAAAGAGAAUGAUGUCUUCCUGGAAGUUAAAGAACCCACUCGCAUCCUCACCCAGCCGACAUACAAAAAGGUGCAGAGAGGAAUGAGUGCUCUGUUUGAGUGUAAAGUCAAACAUGACACCACCCUCAUGCCCACCAUGACCUGGCUGAAAGAUAACGGAGAACUACCAGACGAUCAGAGGUUUGAGGUGGGCGAUGAGAGUCUGAUCAUCAGAGAUGUGACAGAUGAUGACGCAGGCACUUACACCUGCAUCACAAACACCAUUCUGGAUCAGGACUCUGCAAGUGCUGCAUUGACUGUUGUUGAGGCAACUCCUCCUCCACCAAUUGUGUUAGAAAAGCCGGACCCUCCGACUGACCUGGAGCUCACCGACCAGAUGGAGAGAAGUGUUCAGCUCACCUGGAUCCCCGGAGAUGAAAACAACAGUCCAAUACAGAACUUUUUGAUUGAAUACAUGGAUCUACUCCACCAGCCAGGAGUUUGGGUCAACCUCACAGAAGUUUCUGGUACCACCACCACGGCCCAGCUACAGCUCUCUCCAUACGUCUACUAUACGUUCAGAGUGCUGGCUCAGAACGACGUCGGCUACAGCGACCCCAGUAACCCCUCGGCACAGUACAGGACCAACCCUUCAGCUCCGGAUGAAAAUCCAACAAAUGUGGAAGGAGCAGGAACCGAGUCUGACAACUUGGUCAUCUCUUGGAAGCCCCUCACAGGAUUUCAGUCAAAUGGUCCGGGACUCCAGUACAAGGUGCAGUGGAGACAAAAGGAUGUGGAAGACGAUUGGACCUCGAAGAAUGUUGUCAACGACUCCCAGCUCAUUGUUUCUGGAACACCAACCUAUGUGGCCUACGAAAUUAAAGUUCAGGCCUUUAAUAACUACGGCAACGCUCCUGAACCCACAGUUGUGAUUGGAUACUCGGGAGAAGACAAGCCUUUGUCUGCUCCUGGCAGCAUCCAGGUCACUGUUCCUAACAGCACGCUGGCAGAAGUUCAGUGGGAACCGGUAUCAGAUCCCUCUGUCCGAGGUGAACUGCAAGGAUACAGGGUGUACUACCGUCGGGUGCGAGGCCAGCAAGACCAACAGGAAGAAGCAGACGAGCAGGAGCAAAUUUUAACUUUCAGUGGUAACCGCAGUGAGGGAAUGCUGCCGGGGCUUCAGCCUUACAGUGUCUACGACCUCUUCAUCAAGGUGUUCAAUAACAAAGGAGAAGGACCUCCUAGCCCCAAAAAGACCUUUGAAACCCCUGAAGGAGUACCAGAUCUUCCUUCUUUUCUGAGCGUGACUGACCACGGUUUGGACACUCUUACGGUUAAAUGGGGCCCACCUUUGAGCAACAAUGGACGCCUUACAGGAUACACUCUCAAAUACCACCCUGUUAAUACCACAAGUGAACUGGGACCAGUCAAGGAAGUGACCUUUCCAGCCAACGUGACUGCCAUCACACUGACCAGCCUGAACUCAAGCAUGCUCUAUAAGUUUUACUUGAAGGCUCGGACAAGAAAAGGCCCUGGCCCUGAAAUCACAGAAGAGGCAUCUACUGCCAUGGAUACAGCUCUUAUUCAGCCCACUAUACAGCCAGGCAAAGGCCCCACAGAGCCCCCCCACCCAACCUCCCCCAUCACUCUGUCUCUGCAUCCCCCGCUUCACAAGGCUGCCCCCAACCGGCAGGUAGACAUCGCCACGCAGGGCUGGUUUAUCGGACUGAUGUGCGCCAUCGCUCUCCUGAUCUUGGUGCUUCUUAUCGUAUGCUUCAUCAAGAGAAACAAAGGUGGCAAAUAUCCAGUUAAAGAGAAAGAAGACGCUCAUCAAGACCCAGAGAUCCAACCUAUGAAGGAGGACGAUGGAACAUUCGGGGAGUACAGGUCAAUGGAGAGUGACACCGAGGACCACAAGCCACUGAAGGGCAGCCGGACGCCAUCCAACGGGACGGUGCGGCGCGACGAGAGCGACGACAGUUUAGUGGACUACGGGGAGGGCGGGGAUGGACAGUUCAACGAGGACGGCUCCUUCAUCGGCCAGUACAGCGGCAAGAAGGAGAAGGACACGCACGAGGGCAACGAGAGUUCGGAGGCGCCGUCGCCUGUCAACGCCAUGAACUCGUUUGUCUAACGCGGCCGCCUCCUGGCUGCAGCGGUUGCUACGGCCGUCCCCGCGUCACCCUGGCAAAUGUGAUCAUCGCGGUGGUGACAGUUGCUAAGGCGACAGCUGUCGUGGGCACCUACUUUUACCCUGUGGUUGCCGUCACUCUGGUGGUCAAGGCUGCCUUUACACCAAGACUGCUGACAUGUCCUCAUCUCCACACCCCGUCGGCCCCAGUCGCACUGUGACCUUCCAGUGAACACACACUUACGAAUCCCCCACAACCAUUAAAAGAAGAAAAGAGGCAGCGAGCAAUACUGAAAAGCAGACAAAAUGUGCCAGAGAGGAUUUUACCGCUCAGACUGAAACAUGAGUGUGGCCAAGUGUACGUGUGCGUGUUAGUGAUCUCUUUACAAACAUGAUAAUUACAGCUUCCAUCAAAUAUCCACAUAUUUGAUGGAAGUAUGGCAUAUGAUCUGCAGGCAGGCUAAUAUAAGUGAAUCACAUUCAUAAGCAACUGCAUGGAGCAACUCGUGUGUCUGUUAAGCAUUUUACCUUCCUCUUGUCUUUUUUUUUUUUUGCAGAAGUAUGCUGCAUCUUGCACUGUAUUUGCUGCACGCCUAUGAGCCAGGGUGUUAUUUUCUUACUUGCAGAAAAGUGUUAUAUGGUGUUUGGCAUAUAGAAGAAAAAUGGCAGCAGUGGUAUUAUGAUUCCAGCUGCGAAAAGAGUGACUCAAAGUAGAAGCUACGUAGUAGGUGUUUUUGUUUAACUACCUAUCUUUAUUUUAUUACAGGUGGACUGUUUGUGCGUGUGUGCUAGAGAAAGAAUGGGAGCUAUAUUUCCAGGUCAGACGUGUCCGGUCGUAGUGCCUGAACAGCCUGGUGUCGCACGCUAGCAGCGCAGUGCUAAACUAAAUGUUUUCACAUUUUCUCACAUUGCAACCUUAUAUUUCAGUGGAUUUUAUUGGGACUGUAUAGGAGAGACCAACACAAGGUGACUCAUAAUUGACACAUAGAUUUCUCAACAUGUCUUUCAUUAUGAAAAUAUAAGAAAGUGGCGUGCAUUUGUACUUUGCUGAAUCACAUUAAGCUUGACUUUGCGGGUGAAAGUUAUUUGGGGUAUGUCUCUACCAGCUUUCCAAAUCUAGAAACUGGAACUUUUCCCCUGGGGGAUUUCUUGUGUUAUAUUUCCACCACAUUUUUUUUUAUUUUGCAUGUUGGCAAAGAAGCUUAAGGUAGGCUUGUUUUGCUUUGCAAAUUGUGUCCUUCCACUUGUGGUUAAUGAAAGUCGUCAUGAUACGACUUGCUCUCUGAUUUUCUUUAACCAAACUCUAAGACUUUGACAAAACAUAAGCGUUUAUGCAAAAAUUAAACAUCCCCCAAUGUAUUUCCUCCAUGGUGAUUUUUAAAGGCAAGUGCUGAUAGCUGGAAACUUUUGAGUUUCCUUGGUUAAAGUUUUAGGCGGGGGCUUUUCUGUUCAUACAGUGAAUGGGUUCUUUCCAGGUACUUUGAUUUUUUUCCCCUUAACUGAAAAACAUGCAUGCCAUAUAUCUGGCCUCUGUGAGUGUCUGCAUGCCCUCUGAUGUCCUUCGUCUUAUAGGGCGAAUGCCUCUGUUGUCUAUUGUUCAAAAGUUAAAGGCACACCCUCCGAUUAACAGGCAGAUGUAGAAAAAUGGUUGGAUGUAGUUUAGAUAAAUCAAGGCGUAAAAGGAGCAGAGCACAAAUGAACGCCACCCUUUUCCUAUUUCACAAUUGCAAAAAACAUCUUGGUUACCAUAAAUCCUUAUUCUUCCAUUUUACAGUAACACGCAACUUUUAUGUUGGCUAUUAAAAAAACACAUUGAAGCUAAGGUUGUAAUGUAGCAAAAGCCAAUAUAAAAAGUACAAGUAUCAACACAUUUCCAAGCCACUGUGGUUCCAAACAGUCUGUUUGUAGCCUCUUGGUUUCUACCAUCAUUUAACUUAUAUUCUAUUACUGUUGCAUUGUGCCCUUGUUGCUGAACACUAACUGAUCCAGUGUCGCCGUCUAUUGCUUCUGUGCAAACCCUGUCAACUCUCUCCCAUCGUAACAUUAAUUUCACUGGCAUUAAUCCUCCAACUUUGUUUUAUGUACACGUACUUACAGAAAUAUUCUAAUCGUACAAGUUUGCUAAGAAUUUUGGAGGUAUUUAACGACGUGUUGGUAAUCGCAAAGCUGUCAGCAUGGUUUCUAGUGCCUUGGUAGAAAGCAGUUACUUAGAUCCACAGUUCAAUGCCGAUUUAUGCAAACCAAAAUUUUAAAAACAUGGUGGAUGUUCAAAGCUUCAUAAAAGGCACCUGAUGAAAAGAAGAGUUUAAAAAAAAAAAGUUUGCUGUUUUAAAUAGUCCUUAAUAUAAAGCUGAUAAUUACCUUUAUUUUGCCAGAAAAUAUGACAGAUUUGACCAUUUUGUAAGCUAUAAAGAACAAAUCAACAAAUUGAACUGAUACUCUUUGAAGUGAUUGGAAAAACCCCUCCAUGGUUGUGUAUUUUGGAGUUUCUUCAAGGGUGCCCUUGUUUGUUUCCUAUGGUUGGGAGGUCUGAAAGAUCAAGUGGAUGUUAGCUGAUGUGAGACCCAGAUUACCUCCUCAACUUCUUUUACAAUAUCUGAAAAAAAAAAAAAAAAUGUUAAUGAAGGCUGUUCUAACUCAUAUUUUCUUAGGGGUCCGGGUUCCGACACAAGGCUGAAAGCAGAUUUCAAAAAUGGCAGUAAGUGGAAGGAACCUACUUUAACUCUCGAUGGUUGUAGCUUUGUCGACAAUCAUGUUAUUCAGCUGUUCUCAGCAUCUUACUGAGAGUUGAGCGAUUCUAAAACGGGCCUGUGAAAGGAAACUCCAGAUCGGACAUUCAUGUCAAACACUCCCUUUCUCAACUCAUCCAUCAAAAACCCAAACUAAACUACUGCCAAACUGCUCACCAGAUAACUGCCAGUGUGAACCAGCUUCACCACCUUGUCUCGUCCUAUUGUAACCGUCACCAUUGGGGAAAAUAAGUGGGGGGCGGGAGGGAAAUAAUAAUACUGAAUGUGGAUACAAGUGUAUCUGUUUAUGUGAAUGAAAAUACUGCUUGUUUCAUUUCAAGGAGUGAUUGCACUGGUGACUUUGAUUUAUGCUUACCUUCUGCAGUGUAUGUUAUUACAGUCCGAGUGCAGGUUUCAUGUUUUUGCAAAUGAAGUACAGGGGUGAGUGUGUGAGUUCACGAGCGUGUGUGUGCAUGCGUGAAGUGCACACUGCUUUCUAUUGUUCCAAUGUGUGUCCUGUAAUUUGCUCCUUCUGGACAUAGGAGAUUCUCUUUUUUUCUUUUUGUUUUUGUUUAUUUUUUAAAGCAUUUUCAUGUCUUAUCAUAACUUGCAUCAAGUUUUUAGGUUUCAACAUGCCAGAACACCGCGUGCAGAUAUAUAUAUAUAUAUUUUCUGUUUGUUGUAAAUAACGGUUUGAUUUGAGCGUAGAUGUGUUAAGAUCAGAGUUGGCAUGGCGUAAGGAAGUUAGACUGUGAGGAAUUAGACGACUUCUAGUUUUCACUCUUUGAUUUAGUGUGAACUUCUGCUUGUUUUUUUUUUUUUUUUUUAUAUUAUCGUCAGGUAAACAUGUUUAGCCUACAGUAUCGGGUAUCACCUCUGAUGAUUGAACUUGUGACUGAGCUCUUGUGACACCUGUAUUGUUUAUAUUUCUGGCAGUCCAUGCACAUUUUCUGCCUUUUUAUACUUAAUAUAUAUGAAUAUUACAAAAAAACAAAACAUUAAGUGGACUAUUAUUUCAAAAUAAGUUUGCACAUCUAAUUUAGGACAACCAGAUUGUCCUAAAUUAGAUGCCUUUUUUUAGGCUUGUGCACUGGAAAAUGAAAAAUAUACUACUAAUUUGGAGAAUACAAUAGGAUGGCAUGGACACACUAACUGGUGCAUUUCAGUGUGAAUACCCUGGAAACAAUGUUGCUGGCUGAAACAGUAUAUAAUUAUAACAUUCUGGUAAAUGUUGAAGCUACAUGAGAAGCAUGAACGGCUGUUGAAUGGUUUACUUCACAAUAUAUUACUGCAAAAUAUUUUGUAUUUUAAAUGAAGUACAAAAACAAAAUGAAUAAAUGUUGGUUUUGGGAUUUCAAAUCAGUUUAUUUUGUAUCCUUGCUGCAGUGCAACAUGUUAAAGUGUGAGAUUUUGGCUCCACCUAGUGUAUCUAUUCAAUCUUUAAACGUCUGAACGUUUCUUUCCAAUUUGUGGAAUCAGGGCUGGACUUUGAUUGGACCAAUACAGUGUGAUUUAAACCUCUUUCGUUGUAGCUCAGGCUGUGUAGUUAAUGUUGUUCUCCUGGUGAAAUGUGAACUUCACCUUUAGACUGAUGUCUUUUGCAUCCAAUAUGUUUUCCUCCACAACUGCUAUACGUUUCCUCUUCCAUAAAGGCGAGAUUUAUCGACUGCAUAAAGAAUCGACGUUGCGUUCACAGAUAGUUCUACUUAAACUUUGUGUCUCUGCAGCAUUUUCAGUUGACCUUCUUCACUUAUCAAUGCUUUCCUUCCUUAUUUUUUAAGGCAGCCACGUUUUAGUAAGUUUAGAAUCUUGCCGAACUUCUCCUUUAGGUAAUAGAUUGAGCAGUAUUUUUGAGAGAUGUUCACUUAUGUUCUUUUAAGAAUGAAAACAUGAGUGACCUUCACAUCGACAAUGAUCCAUUAAGAAAAAAUUGUCAUUCAGGUUUGUAUUUAAUAUGCGGUGGCUGUGCUAUUUCAGAGUUCAAGAACCCGUCCAUUAUAACAGUGGUUGGAAUGGGAUCUUAAAUCAGCAUGUAUUGGGUCUUCAGAUCAUUUUAAGAACUUAAAGUAAAUAUUUUUUUUU